GCACUCCCCAAGACACAUCAAUAUCACCAUGAACACCUCCACAUUCACGUGUGUUCCGCUUCGCAGCGGCGCCUGCUGCCUGCCGCGCCUUCCGGCUCCCUCCGCCGGGUCCUCAAGCCGCCUGCUGCUGCGGCCGCUGCCUGGCUGCAACAGCAGCACCAGCAGCACCCGCGGCCGGGCCGUCGGUGUCGCGGCAAGCGCUGCGGCUCGGCCCGGGUCGGCUGCCGAGCGCAAGCAGGAGCUGCCGCUUGCGUCGUCGUCGCCUCGGCCGACCGACACUGCGGCGCUGGGCGCCCGCAUUGCGACCACCGCGGCCGCUGCCAUGAUUCUGGCGGCCGCCGCCACCGCGCUGCCCGGCCCCGCCGCCGCCUUCGACCUGGCCGCCUGGCUCCAAGCCGCCUCCACCCGCAACGCCGUCAAGACCGCCGCCACCACCACCACCACCAACCCCAGCAGCCAGAGCGCGCCGCCGCCGGCUGCAUCCCCCGUGUCGGCACCGCCGGCCAACGCCGCCGCCUCCCCCACGACCGCCGCCCCCCAGGCCUCCUCCACCAAGCCCAUUGACGUGCCGUCCACCUCUGACCUGCUGAGCGCCGUCGCCGAGCCCGCGCCCAUCAAGGCCGGCCCCGGCGGACCCAAGAAGGGCCCGAUCGAGAAGGCGGCCGCCGCGGAGGCGGCGGCCGAGUCUGACCCCGCCAUCCCGGCCGUGGGCAAGCCCGUCGCCCUGGCGCCGCUACAGCCGUCCUCGGCCGCUGCUGCUACAGCCGCCGUGCCGGUGGCGGAGGUGGCCCUGUUCCCGGACUGGCUGGUGAUGAAGUUUCCUCCGUCGGUGCCGCCGCCGCCGCCGGCUGACGCGGCGACGCCGCUGACGCCGUACGCGCCGGGCGCCGGCAAGCCCGCGACAGCCGCCUCUGAUGCGCUGUCUACAGCCAAGGCCGCACCCGCCGCCGCCGCCGACUCGGUCAAGCAGGCCGCCUCUGCCGCCGCCGACUCGGUCAAGCAGGCCGCCUCCGCCGCCGCCGCGAAGACCACCGCCGCCGCCGCCCAGACCAGCUCCCGCGUUUCUGAUGCCGCCGCCGACUCGGUCAAGCAGGCCGCCGCCGCCGCCUCCAAGACCGGCUCCCGCCUGUCUGAUGCCGCCGCCAACACCGCUGACGCCAUCAAAACCAAGGCCUCCGACGAGGCUGGGCGCGUGGUUGACGCCACGGCCGUCAAGGCCGGCCGCGCCGUCGACGCCGUGAAGCGAGGCCCUCUGGACAAGGUGAACGCCAACCCCGCCGCCUCCCCCACGACCGCCGCCCCCCCGGCCUCCUCCACCAAGCCCAUUGACGUGCCGUCCACCUCGGACCUUCUGAACGCCGUCGCCGAGCCCGCGCCCAUCAAGGCCGGCCCCGGCGGACCCAAGAAGGGCCCGAUCGAGAAGGCGGCCGCCGCUGAGGCGGCGGCCGAGUCUGACCCCGCCAUCCCGGCCGUGGGCAAGCCCGUCGCGCUGGUGCCGCCGGCGCCGCAGGAGUCGGGCGCAGCGGCCCCAGUCGCCGACAUCGCCGCUGCUGCCACAUCUGGCGCGGCUGCUCCGGCGGCACCCACGGCUUCCACCGCAGCCAAAGCCGCACCCGCCGCCGCCGCCGGCGCCGCCACCACCGCUGCCGACUCGGUCAAGCAGGCCGCCACCACUGCCGCCGACUCGGUCAAGCAGGCUGCCUCCGCCGCCGCCGCGAAGACCACCGCCGCCGCCACCCAGACCAGCUCACGCGUUUCCGAUGCCGCCGCCGACUCGGUCAAGCAGGCCGCCGCCGCUGCCGCCCAGACCGGCUCCCGCCUGUCUGAUGCCGCCGCCAACACCGCUGACGCCAUCAAAACCAAGGCCUCCGACGAGGCUGGGCGCGUGGUUGACGCCACGGCCACCAAGGCCGGCCGCGCCGUCGACGCCGUGAAGCGAGGCCCUCUGGACAAGGUGAACGCCAACGCCGCCGCCUCCCCCACGACCGCCGCCCCCCCUGCCUCCUCCACCAAGCCCAUUGACGUGCCGUCCACCUCCGACCUGCUGAGCGCCGUCGCCGAGCCCGCGCCCAUUAAGGCCGGCCCCGGCGGCCCCAAGAAGGGCCCGAUCGAGAAGGCGGCCGCCGCGGAGGCCAAGUCCGAGAAGGAGGUUCCGAGCCUGCGUCAGGCGGCAAUCGAUGCGGGCAGCGCCGGCGGCGGCGCGGCCGCGGCGAAGUAAGCGCGCAAGGACGGCGGGCGUGGCUGCUGCGGCGGCGGCGCGGAAACGGAGGAGUCUCCCAACCCGUGCACCUGCCCUCCCUCCUCCUGAGGGCCGAGCGAUCAGGCAGCAGCCGACACGCCACCACCGCCACCGCCACCACUGCUGCUCGCUGCCGGCGGCGGUGACUUAAGGUUGGCCUACCGUAUCGAGCUCUGAUCCGUCUGGAACGGUGGAUAGCGAUGACCGGGUAUGCAGUUUUGUAUGGUAGUUCGCGUCCGGACGUGGCGGCUGUGUCUUUCCCUGAAUCCAUACAUGCAUGAGAGUACUGAGACGCAUUAUCCUGGUGCCGUAAUAGUUGUAUCGGUGGAGGACGGCCAAGAUUUUUGAAGACGCCAGCAGGGGAGUAGAGAGAGUCAGCUCGGAAUGCUGCAUGUGGCAUGCGGCGGGGGCGGGGGCGACUAUUUGUGUUGAUUGGCGACGUCGCGUGUUGUCAAGGCGCAUCAGCAUGAUGACCAUGGUUGAUUGAUUGAUGGGCGGCAAGAAGACGGGCAACUCGCAGACAGCAGUGGCGAGCGAGGGAGAUAUAGACGGGGGACGUACCGGGUCACCGGCGCGCAUACACAUACAAGCAAGCACACGCAUGAGUGCCGACGUACCCUAGCACGACGGUGUUGCGGCUGGUGUGGUCUGCAUUGUUACGUGUUGAUACCAUGUGUGUUCGGACCGAUUUCAUGUGGUCGAGUGUAUCGUACUGUAUGAAGGGGGUUAGGGCAGCGGAGGCGGGUUAAGGAAAGCUGCUCUUCUGAUCUUGUCUCGACUCGCGUCGUGUCCAACCCACAAACACGCCAGCCAGGACAUUCACUUUGCAACAGCAUACAGCAUCCGCGGCAAGAGCAUACGUUGAUGAGUGGGUUACUGACGAAGCACCGCCUGACAGGGUGGGGCAGACGGAGGGCAGAGCGAGGCAGCAGGCUCUCCGUAAGGGAGGCGGUCAGGCCUGCGGGCUCCCCAUUGACCCAUACCGUACUCAUGAAUUC